UAACUCCUCCACAGUCUCCCUCGGCCGGGUCAGCUCCUCAGACGUCCGUACUUUCAGUGCGGAUUCCAACAUCAUUCAAAACAUCCCUAUUCUGGUAAUUGACUGCCAACUUGUUGAUGUCGUGUUGAGGCGUGGAUCUAUCGACGCAUCGACGGGUGUUUGUGUACAGAACGAGGCGACCCUGGACAGACGCCGCCCGGAGCUCCUGAGGUAACGCAGACCGACGCACGUCCCGGCCGGCGGCCGGGCAAAACAUUGAGUCCCCGCGAUGUUCGCGAUGUUCGCUAUGCAGCAGCGACACUCGAAACGCGUCGGCCACAACAAGUGGGUCACGAGGGGGGAUACCUCCUCGCUCUGCAAAUAAGGGCACGGCCAGAGGACGAUCUACUGUAAACAGGUGGUGAUGUCACAUUUCAGCACACACUGGACGGAGUCGCGGGCCAAUGGGGUGCACUAGUGACGCACGCGGGGGGUCCGGCUAAGGGGUAUUUAAAGCGCGUGGUGUUCGGCGCAGGGGGGUUUGGAGAAACCGCUGCAGGAGACUGAACUACCGCCCCGCUACUGUUUACCGCCGCUGCCUUCUCUCGUGACUGACUCCUCUUCGGUGCAACAACAGACCCGUGCACGGAGCAAACUCCAGACUUGGAUUGUGCUUCUUACUCGCGAUACUUUUGAGUGUGUAUUCUAGUCGGUGCCCUAGCGGUACUUGACUGUGUUGGGGGUGCCCUAGUGGUUCGUCACUCUUUUUCGGGGGUGCCCUAGCAGUGCUUGACAGUGUUGGGGGUCGCCCUAGUUGUUCGUGACUUUUUUGUGGGGGUGCCCGACUGUGUUGGGGGUCGCCCUAGCUGUGCCUGACUGUUGGGGGUCGCCCUAGUGGUGCCUGACCGUGUGUUGGGGGUCGCCCUCGGGGGGGGCAGAGUGCUGAGAGGAUGCCGUGGGACGUGGAGGUGCAGCACGGCGAGGGCCGCUCGGACUACAAGUCGGAGAAGCGGUGCCAGCGGACGUCGCUGGCCUUCUACCAGGCGGUGCGCGACGGCCUGCCCCCCUGGCUGCUGGAGGACAUGCGGCGCAUGGAGGUGUUCCACUGGGAGGCGGACGGCCAGGCGCGCGCCUUCAGCCCCGCCGAGGCGCUCCUCUACGCCCUGGUGCACGACCACCAGGCCUACGCGCGCCACCUGCUGGCCGGCUUCUCCGUCGCCGCCCUGGAGCCCCCCAGCGGGAGCUUCCGCUGCUGCGGGGCGUCGGGGCCGCCGCACCUGGCGGCGGCGGUGCGCUACGGCCGCGUGGCCAUCCUGAAGAUGAUGCUGACGGCGCUGAAGGACCUCCCGUCGGAGGGCGCCCGCCGCCGCUUCCUGGACGGCGGCGGCGGCUGCCCGCACGACGCCGACGGCGGGAAGACGGCGGUGCGGCUGGCGUGCGACCUGCUGCGGCCCGAGUGCCUGCUGCUGCUGCUGGCCCACGGCGCCAGCCCGGGGCUGGGCGACGGCGCCGACGGGGCCACGCCCCUCGACGCCCUGCUGCGGCGGAUGGGCGGCGAGCCGGCCCGCGGGGCGGCGGAGGCCCGCGCCCGCCGGGUGUGCCUGGGCUACCUGCUGCUCUUCACCCCGCGGCCGCACCAGGGCCUCCACCGGCGGCUGGCGGAGCGGGAGCCGGAGCAGUGGCGGCGCCUGGUGGGGACGGAGGCCUUCCGGUGGCUGGCCGGGGCGGCCUCCCCCCCCUCCCUGUUCGUCAGGGCCAUGCAGACCCUGGUGCGCUCCGUGCCGGCCGAGCGGCUGGACUGCCUGCCGGGUUUUCUCAAGCCCAUAGACUUCCCUCUCUGAUACGCCUGUCCGACCGACACCCUGGCAGCUAUGUAUAAUGUAUAUACGGUAUAGAGUGUGUGUGUGUGUGUGUUGAAGGCCGACAUUAGCGCUGUGCCUCGGGGGCGUGCGGACUGCAGGAAGCUGGAGAAAGAAGAGGACAGACUUUGUUUGGGAAAGGUUUUGGUUGGGGUAAUGUACAUUAGAAGGCGAUGUGGUGCGACUACCUCACUGGGCGCCGGUGCUCUUGAGCAGGGCACAAACGAGCCCCUCCCCCCCGGGGGGUUGGCUGUUUGUUGUAAAUAAACUCUUGUUACUAAACUGGUCUGCGGCCGCUGUCAUGAUUCUAUACAUCAGCAGGGACUGUGUUGUAAACAUCACUCAGACUACAUUAGUGUUAUAAUACACUUCAUUAGUAUAGACUCAGCCCACAGAAGUGUUAUAAUAUACUUCAUUAGUAUAGACUCAGCCUACAUUAGACAUUAAUGUGUUAUACACUUCAUUAGUAGAGACUACAUUAGUGUUAUUAUACACCUUAUGAGUGAAGACUAAGCCUACAUUAGUGUUAUAAUACACUUCAUUAGUAUAGACUCAGCCCACAGAAGUGUUAUAAUAUACUUCAUUAGUAUAGACUCAGCCCACAGAAGUGUUAUAAUAUACUUCAUUAGUAUAGACUCAGCCUACAUUAGACAUUAAUGUGUUGUACACUUCAUUAGUAGAGACUACAUUAGUGUUAUUAUACACCUUAUGAGUAAAGACUAAGCCUACUGCCUACAUUAGUGUUAUUAUACACCUUAUGAGUAAAGACUCAGACUACAUAAGUGUUAUAAUACACUUCAUUUGUAGAGAGACUACAUUAGUGUUAUAAUAAACCUCAUUACAAUAGACUCGGUCUGCAUUAGUGAUAUAAAUCACUUCAUUAGACUAAACCUACAUUAUGAAUGCAUAGCCCCAUGUCUCAUAAAUUUCCACAAUGUGUUGAUUGUAUGGUCACUCUGUACUUUGACCUUAGUCAAAGUA